AUGCCUCCAGCUCAACCUAUUCAAGUCCAACCAGUCGUUCCUCCUGUUCAAGUUCAAUCAGGAACUGUUCCUAUUCAACCAGUUCCUGCACCGGCCCCUGUCCCUGUUCAGCAACCCCCGUAUUACCAGCAGCCUCAACUGGUUCAACCGACUCCAACUCAGGCUCAACCAGGGCAAAUACCGGUCACUGCUCAACCACCGCCGUAUACUCCACAGCCUGCUCAAAAUCAGAGUCAAGUUGCUCAAUAUCCCCCGCCAGCUCAACCAGCCCCUGGUGCUCCGCCACCAACAAAUUACAACAACCAACAAACAACGCAGCAAAUAAAUGUUCACCUUCCACCAGCGGCAGCUCCUGCUCCACCUCCAGUUGUGCCAGUAUUAACUCAACCCGUCGGCUUUAUGCAAGGACGAUGGACAAGAAGCAUGGGAAGCGUUUGUUGCGAUGGCAAAACAUGCUAUGCUAUUUUUUGCACGCCCUGUGCACGAGGAGAGUCCUCAGAAAAGAUGGGAGGGGGCUACUGCUUUGGCUUCAUUAUGCAAUUGUUCUGCCCCUGCAUUUCAUGCUGCAUGCUCUGUGACGAGCGGAAUCGAAUUCGCGCAAGAUAUCACAUCCCUGACACUGACUGCUGCUGCACUUGCUGCGCAGUUUGCUGGUGCGAGCCCUGUGUCCUGUCGCAACAUCUAUAUCAGCUGGAAGGUAUCCGAUUCUUCUGA